AUGUCACACCGGCGCCCCCAACACGCCGCCGGCUAUGACCCCUCAUCCUCAUCCUACUCAUCGCAACAACCAAUAGGCGGCGGGUACGCAGGCGGCGGCGGAGGCGGACAGCCGUAUCAUUAUGGCAUGGAGCAGGAGAAUGACCAGCAUGUGGGAAUCUUGGGGGAUAAACUGAGUCAGCUUAAGCAGAUAUCAAUAGCAAUAGGCGACGAAUUACACCUGCAACGCAACUUGAUGGACGAAAUGGACAAAGACUUUGACAAGACGGGCAGUUUCCUCGAAUCCACGAUGCGGCGGCUCAACAUCAUGGCGCGCAAACAGAACGGGCGGUGGAUGUGGUACCUGAUCCUGUUUGUGCUCGCCGUGUUCUUUUAUAUCUAUCUGUUUCGGUAUCGUCGGUGA